CCGCGUAUUUUCAGGUUCACCUCCCCUUCUCAAAACCCAAAAUCCUUACUCUCCUUUAAUAUACAGCUCCCCUCUUCUUCAAUGAAUGCUAUAGAAUUUCAAAAGAAUAUCUCGGUAUCAAUGAUGCAUGCUUCUUGGUAUUUCUCUAUCUUAUAUAGAAGAGGUUCUGCAUUUUGUACUUUUCUUCACAGUUUUAAUGGUCCUGGUGGUUCUGCAUCUAUAGCAGCAAAACGAAUUCUUCCUAAGGAGAUUGUUAUAAAAUUGGGAAACUCUGUUGCUAACAAACUGAGGCUUUUUAACUACUUAUUUUCUUACCAAAGUAAUGUGGAAAAUACGCUGGUGCUCCCUCAAUUGAAUGACGAAAUCCUCCAAAGAUGUGACAAAGAAGUUAUAGAUGAGAACUUAUUAGAUGUUCCUGUGGAUGUGAUGGUAGAAGAGGUGGCAACUGAUUUUAUUCCAAAUAAUGCGAAUACUAUCUUUGGGAGCACUUCACAUGAAUCCAAUACUAUAUCAGCAGAUGAUCUUCAUAAUGAGCACUUGAUCCACAUGAUAAGCCCUGCUGAAAUUGCUGCCCCUACAGAUUUAUUGGCUCAGCGGGAUACACAAACUGAAGUUACGACUUCGAAUGUCCCCUUGAAGCGUAAAUUCACUGAACCAUGGAAUUUUGGCAAGCCAACACAAACUUGUGAGAGCUGUGGGGCUAUUCUAUGGUAUGAAGAGAGGAAUGUGAAGUCAAGAAGACCAUCACAACCUAAGUUUUCGUUGUGCUGUUCAGAAGGACUAAUUUAUUUUCCUUUGUUAAAACACGCACCUCCAGUUCUUGAAGAAUUACUGAAUUACGAAGGGCCUUCAUUUGUGCAUUUCCAUGACAACUGUCGGAGAUAUAAUGCAAUGUUUGCAAUAACAUCAAUGGGUGGAAAAGUUGACAGAACUGUAAAUGAUGGAAAUGGUGCCUAUGUGUUCAGGCUAAAUGGACAGAAUCAUCAUUUGAUUGGCUCUUUGUUACCAGUUGAAGGAUUGGAACCAAAAUUUGCUCAACUUUACAUAUUUGAUACAGAGAAUGAAGUGCAGCAUAGGAUAAGGUCGAUUUCAUCUGAUAAAGAAAAUGAUGGCAUUGAUCCCGAAAUUGUUAACUCUCUAAUACAUAUGCUUGAUGAAAACAAUGCUUUGGUUAAGGUUUUCAGAAUGGCCAGGGAUCGCUACACUCAAUGUAAUACUGCAGAUGUCAGAUUGCGUCUCAUUAGUUGUCGUACCAAUCGUUCCUCACAGUAUAAUCUACCUACUGCCUCAGAAGUUGCUGGUCUUAUUGUGAAUGAUUUUGACCCUAAUAAUGGGUAUCGUGAUAUUAUUGUUGAGGAUCGUCAUCGUGGGCUCCGGCGUAUAAGUGAAAUCCAUCCAGCUUUUAUGGCUAUGCAAUAUCCUCUGCUUUUCCCUUAUGGUGAGGAUGGCUUCUAUCUUGGUAUACCAAAAAGAUUAAGAGGCUCAAUGCAAGAAACCGAAAAUUCCACUGUCACGAUGAGAGAAUAUUAUGCAUUCCGUAUUCAACAACGACUUAGUGAAGGCAAUACUUUAAUUUCUGGUGGUAGACUUUUCCAGCAAUUCAUUGUUGAUGCUUACUGUUGUAUUGAAGGAAUUCGUUUGAGGUGGAUACAAAAAAAACAAGACUACCUAAGAGCUGAGAUAUACAGUGGUCUUAAAGAUACAGUACUACGAGGAGACACAACUCGAGCAUCUAUUGGUAAACGGAUAGUUUUACCAUCUUCUUUCACUGGUGGCCCAAGAUACAUGAUUCAGAACUAUCAGGAUGCCAUGGCAAUAUGUCGGUGGGCAGGCUAUCCAGACCUCUUCCUUACUUUUACGUGCAAUCCUAAAUGGCCAGAGAUCAUUUCUUUCCUAGAAAUGAUUCCUGGUCAAAAGCCGGAAGACCGACCAGACAUUGUUUCAAGAGCUUUUAAAAUAAAAUUGGAUGCACUUUUGCAAGACAUAAAGAAAGGACAGCAUUUUGGUAAAGUACUUGCAGUUGUAUACACGAUUGAGUUCCAAAAAAGAGGUCUUCCACAUGCACAUAUAUUGUUAUUUUUGCAUCCUAAUGAUAAAUAUCCAGUUCCUGAAGAUAUUGAUAGCAUAAUCAGUGCUGAAAUUCCAGAUUGUUUGGAAGAUUCGAUUGGACAUGAAGCUGUUAAGCAAUUCAUGAUGCAUGGGCCAUGUGGUGCAGCUAGGCCAAAUUCUCCUUGCAUGGUUGAUAACAAUUGUACCAAGCAUUUCCCUAAACGUUUUGUCCAUGAAACCAUCAUUGAUGACCAAGGUUUUCCGACUUAUAGAAGAAGAGAUAAUGGCCGUUUUGUUGUGAAAAAUGGUGUUCAAUUAGACAAUCGAUAUGUUGUCCCAUACAAUAUUGAUUUGCUGGUGAAGUAUCAGUCGCACUUAAAUAUUGAAUGGUGUAAUCGGUCAAAGGCCAUCAAGUAUCUUUUUAAAUACAUUAAUAAAGGCACAGAUUGUGUUACUGCUGUUUUGGAAGAAAAUGUAGUCUACAAUUCAAAUGAUGGAAUGGAAUCUAUAUUAGAAAAAGAUGAAAUAAAAACAUAUCUUGAUUGCAGAUAUAUAUCAGCAUCAGAAGCAUCAUGGAGAAUUUUCCAGUUUGAGAUUCAUCACCAUGAACCAGCUGUUCAGAGAUUGAACUUUCAUAUGAAAAAUGAAAAUCAGGUCACUUUUUCAUAA